AUAAUGUAUAUAAUGUAUAUGUAUGUCUUAUCGUUGCACAGAGGGCAUAUUUUAAUGAUAAACCAUGAACACUGUAUGAAAUACGCUGAAAUGUGAAGACGCUGUAUGUCUGCUUAAUCAACCAAGCGUGCGGUCAUUAACAAUAAAAUAGCGACAGGUAAAACUGUUACAUGCCAUGGGUGCAUUGCUUCGUUUUAACCAGAAGGGAACGAUAUAACGGCCUAUGAAAAGAAACAGACUGCCAGUUCAGUGAAUGCACCGAGAGCAAGCUGCCAUAGCAAAGACAUUUCACAUGGCUAUUACAAAAGAUGUGUUUGAAUCUGAGACUGAAGCAAUCUUUUACAGACAUUGAAUAAUCCCUCAGGAAAUCUCAAGGGAACAUUAAAAACUUUUGAGUCCAAUUUUUUUUAAAGGUUUCCACAAUGAAAAUAUUAAAUCAGAAGACGUAAAAUUAAGUGUAGAUAUUCUUAUAUUCAAAAUAAGCCUAUUUCUGUCUCCCUGAGCUCUUGUGACAUACAGAAAUGAAUAGAAACCAGAACAUUGUGUAAUUAAAAUAAGGAGUUGAGAAAACUGAGAAUAAACAGCUGCACACAGAAAAGCGUCUUUAAUCCACAGUGUCAUCAUGGGGAUUCUUUGAAAGCAGUAGGCUAAAGAUCAAAACAAGUCAAGAGUUUCUGAAACACAUCAAAACUUAUUGUCAAAUAUAUUCAUCUGAUAUUCACUUUUCCUACUUUUGUUACUUUUACUGUUCAUUGUUUGUUUAUAAAGUCGUUUUAGACCAGCUGUGGUAGCAGUAUAGGAACCAAGUGAAAGGCUUUUGUGUUCGGGGACAGCACCCAUGGCCGGACAUGGAAGAGAGGGCGCUCGGUCAUGUAGCGGUUCCACUUCAAAUUACUGAACUAUUUCCCCGUCUUAAUAACUCUAAGUCUCCGCUGUAAUUUAAUUUAGUCAUUUUCACCACAGUAUUCUUUCUUACGCAGUUUUUUGAUGCGAUGUUUUUUUCAGCAUGUCCUUUUCGCUCUUUGCUGACCAGAUUAGGCUUUUUGUGCCCACACGUUGCGCAAAAUAAAAAGUUAAAGUGUUUUUCUUUUUUUUAUAACUGCACUAGAUAUCUCCUCUGAAAAGGAAAUAUAUAGUAUAGUAUGUGAUAUGGAGCUAACUGAAAAUAAGGAUGAAUACAUUUUUUCAGAAGUCAGAACUAGGCUAGUUUCCAUGGGGUCUAUACUGUGGGCAUGCACUCAAAACCCACGUGGGAGGCAGUUGUUGAAUACCCCCCUUUUUAAUUACCUUUAAGUUACAUAAAAGGCAAAACUGCAAUGAUAUGUUUCUCUUGUGGCAAUUAUGAAAAUAUGACUCAAGUACACUCCCACACUGUAGGUGUACAUGCCUCCUGUCCCAUUGAGUUGAGCUCUGCCAGUGUUGUGGUGAGAUAUGGAGACCCAGUUUCAGUCAACUGCAGCACAUCUGAGAGCCUGUUCGAAGGAAUGGGCUGGGAGGCUCCACAAGGAGGAACAGGUAUAGAGAAGGUCAACCAUUUGAGCUGGACUGUGCCGAGGCUAACAGAAUGGGACAUCUCCCCCUCAUGCUACAUCAACCCAUCACCAAUUAACACAUUUAAACAGUGCUUCUUGAGCUUAAAAGUCAUACUUUACACAUUCCCAGAAACCAUCAGUAUCAACUCCAGCAGUGGCUCAGAUGGUGUGAUGAACGAAAGCGAGCAAUAUAACUUCACAUGUGACAUCCCCAAAAUAGCACCUGUUCAAAAUCUCACUGUAAAGUGGUACAAAGGAGAUAAGAUCGUCUAUACAGACACUUUUGACAAUCCCAGUAAGAAACCAGUAAAUCAGUCAUCUGUCUUCAGCUUUACACCGACUAGACAAGACGACGGAGUCGCAUUUAGAUGUGAGGCACAUUUGGACCUGGAGGAACAACAUAUUGUAUCUUCACAAGAGUAUAAUAUUACAAUUAACUUUGGACCAGAUGUACAAUGUUCUAGUCCUGAAGUACUGGAAGGAGAACCUUUGGAGAAGCUUUGCUCUGUGACAGGAAGUCCCACCCAGUUUGUCAGAUGGCUGAAAGAUGGACAGCCCACAGAUCCGACCGUCCCUCUGAGCCGGGAGAAUGCAGGGCUGUACACCAUUGAAGCUGGGGGCUUGUCCUUCACCCAAAAGGAACUCUGGGUUCUUGUAUUGUAUGGACCAGAGUUGAUGUGUCCAAGCAAUUACACUGCACUGGAGUAUGCUCCCCACAACCUCACCUGCACUGUUGAAGGCUAUCCUAAACCUGAGACGAUCUGGUACAAAGAUGGCGAGGAGGUGGAACUUCCAGAGAACCUAACAAGAAGUGAUACAGGGCAGUACUUGAUCACAGCUUCAAACAAUCUGUCAACUGUCAGCCUCAAAGUGGAGAUUAAUGUCAUAUACCCACCAUCACAGAUAGUUGAGCUUGAAGACUCUGAAGUCGACGUUGGUUCAUCUAUGUGGCUGAAGUGCUCCUCCACGGGCAACCCACGCCCAAAAUAUUUCUGGAAUUAUUACCGGACUGCCAAUGUGAUGGAGGAAAAUGAAGAUGGAGUGUCCCGUCUGCUCAUCCACAAUGCUACUGCAUACAACAUGGGCUCUUACACAUGCCAUGCCUGGAAUGACAGAGGAAAUGUCUCUAAAACAGCCAGAGUCACUGUAAAAGGUGCCAACCAAGAAUGUCCUAUCGAAAUAACUCCAGACAGGAUGGUGAUACAAUACCAAAAUGCAGGCCAUCAUGCAACGUGCAAAACAGGAUCCAUCAACUCCAGUAACAUAGAAGAAGAUGUAUACUGGCAGGUUCUGCCGGGCAUCAAAAUUAACAGCACAAACUUGUUUGUUGAUGCCCAUAAAGACUGGGACAUAAAGCCUGUUUGUACUGCAACGUUUAAGGGAAUAGGAACGUGCAAGAAGUAUUUAAACGUCACUCUCUACAAAACACCAGACAGUGUCUCCAUCCGUCAUGUGGAUAAAGUGAGCUCAGUGGUGGAGGAGAGAGAGUUCCAGCUGCAGUGUGACAUUACCAACGUUGCUCCUGCACAAAACCUCACUGUGCGGUGGUACCAGGGGAAUGAAACCAUCAAACCACUUAUCAAAGGCUCAAUGCAAGUGAGUGGCUGCCUGCCUGAGAACAGCACAAACUGUAACCUCACUGUGAUCCGAUCCCCGGUGAAUGUGUCAUCUACCGUCAGCAUCACUCUGAACAGAAAGCACAACGGAGCAGAGUUUAGAUGUGAGGCUCUGUUGGACUUUGGACCUGAGGGACCACAGCCUCCUCCAAACACGAUGUCCAGUCCUCUCAACAUCACUGUCUACUAUAAGCCCAUCAUUAAUACCACAAAGCUUCCAGCUACAAUCCCCGUGUUCAGAGGUUAUCCUGAGGAGCUUAUUUGUGAAGCUGAGGGUUACCCACCUCCAAAGAUCCAGUGGCUCUACAGCACAGACAAAGUCCCCCAUGUAUCUGCAAACACACUCAUUGUGUCUGAAGCAGGCUUCUACAACUGCACCGCCACCAAUGAAGUUGAUUCCAUCUCCCGUGAGGUCAAAGUGAUUUUAAAAGAGGACUACCUUCCCCUCAUAGCUGGAUUUGUGGCUGUCACAGUAGUUGCCAUCUCCAUCAUCUUCCUCUUCAUCUACUCAAUCUACUACAAGAACACCAGGAUGCGCCGCUAUAGUCUUAAAAACCCCAAACUCAACACCUACAAUGGCAACGUAGCUCACAACGGCUGGGACUUGCAGUUUCCUAUGACCGAACUGUCUUACUACUGUUCCACACUCCAGUCCGUGAAAGUAAAGAAUAGGCACGUAUCCACGAAGGACACAGGUGUGGAAAUAAGUUUGUCAACUGGGCCAUUUUUUAUAUUUUCAUUUUCUGAAAGUGUUGCUGGUUGGCACACUGGCGAAACUAGUAUGUGGUUCUUCAUAUUCAGCGGCUUAAUAGCGUGUACAGGAAAGCCUGUGAGUUCCUCCUGCCCAGUUGAGAUGAGCCCUCCUAGAGUUGUGGUGAGAUUUGGAGACUCCUUCUCAGUCAACUGCAGCUCACUAUCCAACCAGACAGUGGGAAUGGGCUGGGAGUCUUCACACGGAGGCACAGGAUUGAGAAAUGGGGCCACUUUUCUUAUCUUAAAUGUAAACUCUCUGCAAGACUGGGCCAUAGACCCACAGUGCUAUACCUCUCUUGACAGUGGUCAGUGUUUAAAAACCCUACCAGUCACUGUUUACAAAACGCCAGACAGUGUGUCUAUGUCUCAUCUGAGUCAAAUGGGCCCCAUGGUAGAGGGUAAAAAGUAUCACAUGCAGUGUGACAUUGUGAAUGUUGCACCAGUAAGCAACCUCUCUGUGAACUGGCACAAAGGAAAUAAGCUAUUCUAUACUGAGACAUUUGACGAGCCCAGUCGAUUUCCAAUCAAUAAGUCAUCUGUCCUCAAUAUGAUCGCCCACAGAGAUGAUAAUGGAAUUCACAUCUGGUGUGAAGCAAAGCUGAAUUUUUGGCCGACAGUACCAAAUCUUCCCACGAUCCAAUCAAAGUCACGUGAAAUGACUGUACUGUACCCACCAACCUUCACUGAGCCUGCAAAUGAGACGCUGGAACUUCCAGCUCGUGGUAAAAUGAUUUUAAAUUGCACUGCCACAGGAAACCCAAUGCCGGUAUACAGCUGGCAUUUCCCACAUCCCAUACAACAGACGAAGAAGAAUCAAAAUGAGAAUCAGCCCAUUUUGACCCAGUCCGUUCCGCUUCCAGGGACCUAUAACUGCACAGUAACUAAUACCCAGGGCACCAAGACCAAAUAUUUCAUUGUCAUUGAAGCUAAAAGUAAUCGUACAACCUUUGCAGCCUUGGUUGGAGGAUUUGGGUGCCUGGCAGUCCUGCUCUGCAUUGGCGGUCAUUUUUUUGUGACACCUGAAGGCACAUUUUCUUUCAGCAAAGGCGGCUAUCUCAGAGGACGGCCUACCUCAUCAGGACCUACCCUACACUACAGCAAUUACUUGAUUGCUCUGAACACUGCAAUGUGGGGGCCCUUUUGUUCCAACAUAGUUCCCUGCAGAGUAGCCAAGCUUGUUCAAGUUGGAAUUUCCUUUCUCUCGCCCCUUAAUCGACGGCUCAGUAAAAAAAACAUGGGAAACAACUUUCUUCAAUGGAUUCUGACGCUUUGCAUGUUUUACUCAGUGUCAGGUGAAGGUUGCUCCCUAAUCCUCAAGCCCUCCAGGGUCGUGGUGGGCUUUGGGGAGUCCGUGUCAGUCAGCUGUGAAGCCGCUCGCCCGGUACGUGUCCUGGGCUGGGAAUCGGCCAUCAGUGCUGCACACACUCAACAGGACCUGUCUGUCCAGUGGAAAGUCGACAGUCUCAUUGAUUGGAUAGAGGAGCCUAUCUGCUACGGUGUGUUUUUCACAGCUCCGAGACAGUGUGAGGAGAAACUCAACCUCGUCCUCUACAAAAUCCCAGAUAGCGUCUCUAUCAGGCCUGUGAACCACACUGGCCCCAUGGUGGAAGGAAAGGAGUACCAGCUGCUUUGCGAGGUUCAGAAUAUUGCUCCUGUUCAGUACCUCACCCUGAGGUGGUACAGAGGGCAGACUGAGGUUUAUAACCACUCCUUCUCUGACCUCACAUCUUCCUCGCCUGUCCAAGUGUCCUCUAUCCUCCUGAUCACACCAACCAAAGCCGAGAAUGGAGCACAGUACAGGUGUGCAGCAGUGCUGGAGCUCGGACCAGAGGGACCACAUCCACCUCCUACUGUGACCUCGGAGCCUCUUAAUGCCUCUGUGUACUUUCCCCCAGCGUUCCUCAGUCCUGAACCAGAGGUUUUGGACCUUAUAGUUGGUUCUGAAAUGACCUUGAACUGCACUGCCACAGGAAACCCCACACCUGUGUACAGCUGGCAAUCCUCCCAUCCCAUUCAGGAGAGGAUGAAGGAUGAAGCAGUUCUUACCUCCUCCUCACUGCUCCCAGGGACCUACACCUGCACUGCCUCCAAUACACUGGAGAAGAAGAGCAAGCAGUUCAUUGUCAAGCCCAAGACCAAAGGUGUUUGAAACAAGAGAUCUUGAGAUGGGAUCAGAUGACCACAUUGGACAUACAAGGAGAAUUCAACUAAGGGGAUUUUACUGUUGCAAUUUUGGAGACAGAAAUGACAAUGCAUUAUUGACUCAACAGAUAUUUAUGAGGCUCUUGCUAUCAGGCAGAAUUAGAUCUCAUUUAAAAAAAGAUCUGAAUAUACUAUGUUUGGUAACUGUCAUUUAAUUUGUCAGUAUUUUCACAACAACGUGUUCUGUGAGAUAGAUUGGUGGUUUAGGAUAUAGUUCCCCUUUGAUGCUUUCCAUGUGAUAUCCUGUAUCUAAUUUAUAUUUUUACUAGACUUAUUUUCAAGUUAAUGAAAGUAUCUUGUAACAUUACAAAUGUGUAGUUACUCUUGAUAUAACAAUGAUGACUACAUUAUCAUUAAUGUAUCAACUUUAAUACUGAAUGUUAAAUAUCAGCAGGCUACUACUGUAAAUAUGAACUGUUUCUUGAUUUGCUUAUCUUUAUGAAUGAAAGUAAAAUUAAAAACAUUGUUUUUCACAUACUUAUACUAUACCUAGUAUAAUAAUAUUAUGUAUAAGUAUUAACAGUGAAUGUUACUACUGGGUGUGACUGCUAAUUUUUCACGUGACAUAAAAGCAUGAGAGCACUGCAAUUUGGUUACACAGUAAAGCAGAGCAGUUUCUCAUAAUGCCAUUUGUACAUAUUAGGGCUUUUUGAUUAAAAACUACCUUUGACACGUCCUGUUCAAAACAA